GAACUUUCGUGUGAUGGUGGAUUGAAGAAUGAAUUCAACAAAGACUUGUUGAGUGAUUUUUGGCUUAAAAAAAGAGAAGAAUAUGGAUUAAUUUCUGACAGAGCUUUGAAAUUUUCGAUCCCUUUCAGUACUUCUUAUCUCUUUGAAACUGGAUUUUUUGCAAUGUUGGCAAUAAAAAACAAAUACAGAUCAAAACUUGAACUUGAGCCAGACUUGCGUCUAAAAUUGACAUUAAUAAAGCCUGACAUUGCAGAAUUGUGCAAAUCUAAG